AUGAUUAAAAAGAGUUAAAAAGAGGAACGAGAAGGUAAUGAAUAAAAAAAUACAAAAAGGAAAUUGAAAUUGAAAAUCGAUAGAAGAGAAGAGAAUGCCGAAGAGGACGACGCACACAUACUCAAGCGAGGAUGCGGCUCCCGAAGGUCCUAACUCCGAUCUGUUUGUUUAUUACUGCAAACACUGCGGUUCCCAUGUCCUCAUCACUGACACCCAAUUGCAGAAAAUGCCUAGAAGAAACACCGACAGAGCUUACGUUUUAGACAAGACCAAACAUCUUGCUAGGUUCAACAUUGACGAAGCUGGCAACGUUCUCUUAAAGCGAGGGGAAGGAAAAGUCGAGAAACAGUUCCGUAUGAAUUGUAUCGGUUGCGGUCUCUUUGUCUGCUAUCGUUCUCAACAAGAUUUGGAUUCUUCCACUCUUAUUUAUGUUCUUGACAAAGCACUCAGUACUGUCGCUGCUGAAACCAACCCGCAGGAUGCACCUGUUCCACCUUGUAUUUCUCACCUUGAAGGCGGUCUUGUUCAACUUGCCAUCGAAGUCGAAGAUCGUGCUCACCGCUCCGCCAUCACAAGAGUAAAUGCCGAUGAUGUUCGAGUCUCUGUAGCUGCUCCCGCUGCACGUGGAGAAGCUAACAAUGAACUUUUGGAGUUUAUGGGAAAAGUUCUGGGUUUAAGGUUGAGUCAAAUGACUCUUCAGAGAGGAUGGAAUAAUAAGUCAAAGCUUCUUGUGGUGGAGGAUUUGACUGCUAGACAAGUUUAUGAGAAACUUUUGGAGGCUGUGCAACCUUGAUGCUGUUUCUGUGCACAUUUGUAUCUCUUUUAUCAACAAAAACAAGUUUCGGGUUUGAAUUUCAGCUGUAUUUAUUUAAUUUUAGAACGCCAUUGGUCUAUUGAUGUUGGAAAUCUAGAGUAAAACUCGUCUGAUUAUUCAGCAAUUGGGUGGGGUUGGAUUGAAACAUAACGAGAUAUGCUUUGAAUAUGAAAACUGUUAAAAGUCUA